AUGGCGACGUGGGGCCGAGUGCUUCUCACCGGGAGCGUGCCCGCACCCGAUGGAACGUGGGAAAACAUCGCAUCGCCAGCGAUCCUCCGUGGGCUGAGCAAUGUGCGCGUGCAGCAGAUCGGCGCGUCGGCCUCGAGCCAACACGCGCUCUUUCUGACGCUCGACGGCGACGUGUACGUCUACGGCGCGAACGGCGCGGGGCAGUGUGGCCUCGACGCGCGCACCGUGGUGAGCGAGCCGCACAAGCUCGACCGCCAGAGCGACUUUCGCCCGCCGCUCGCCGAAGGCGAGACGGUGGUGCACGUCGCGGCCGGCGCGGAGCACUCGCUCCUCGCAACCUCCUACGGGCACGUGUACGCCACCGGCUCGAAUUCGCACGGGCAGUGCGGCCUUGGAAGCGUGCGCACCGCAUCGCCCUUUACGCGCCUCGACCCUGUGCCCUUUGGCGAGGACCGCGCGUGGCAGGUCGGCUGCGGCCGCACCUUUGGCCUGAUCCUCGGCGAGUCGGGCAAGGUGUACGCCAUGGGCUCGACCAUCUACGGGCAGCUCGGCACAGACGAGCUCGGGGCCGAGGCCGUCUCGGCAAGCGCGUGGCAGUUCCGCCAGCGUGCACUGCCGGUGCCGCUCGCCCUCGAGAAUGUGAUCCAGAUCGCAUGCGGCGCGACGCAUGCCGUGGCCCUUGAUACCGAGCACUUUGUGUACACCUGGGGCGAGAACCGCUUUGGACGCCUCGGGUGCGGGACGCAGCGCGACCAGAUGGCGCCGGUGCGUGUCGAGCAGUUUGCAAGCAAGCCGAAGCACGCGCGUGUGCAGCGCGUCGUCGCAGGGCGCGACGCGACCGUGUGUCUGGACCUGGAGCAGAAUUACUGGAUUGCGGGCCGCACGCGCGUCACCGGCGACGGCGGACUCGGCCAGGGCUACUACAUCUUCAAGCCCCUUGCGGCGCUCGAGGAGCUCGAUACGUACAAGGCCGCGCUCGGCGUCGACGGCCUGUACUGCGCUGCCGGCGCCCAAGGCGAAGGCGCACGCGCAUACGCAUGGGGCCAAGGCGCGUCGCACGGCGAGCUCGGCGUGCGCCGUGCGCCGGCGGACCCUGCGCCCCUCGCCUCGCUCCGCGAGGUGGCCGUGGUCGACGUGGCGAGUGCGGCGCACACGAGUUUCUGGCUCGUGGAGCCCGGCAAAGCGUACGGCGAGCUGCCGCGGCUGCCGCACGCGGUCGACUCGGCGGACGCGUGUCUCGUGUGCCACGCCGCGGACGACGAGGCGCAGCUGCUUGCGUGCGACAAGUGCGAGAACCCCUACCAUUUGGGCUGCCUGCGCCCGAAGCUUGCCGCGAUCCCCGACGACGAGUGGUUCUGCGAUGCGUGCGGAGGUACAGCGGCGGCGGGGCCGCCGGUUGUGUCGGCGCCGCGUAAGCGGCGGCGGAGGUAG